AGGCACAUCCUUCACGCCGACCUGGACGCUUCCUACGCGGCAGUGGAGCAGUUGGACAAUCCCGACCUGCGGGGGAAGCCGGUCCUGGUCGGGGGGACGUCCGGAAGGCAGAGGAGUGGUGGCCACGGCUUCGUACGAAGCCCGCGUGUUCGGCGUCCAUUCGGCAAUGCCCAUGAAAACGCGGUCCGAUUGUGCCCGCAGGGGAUAAUCGUGCGUCCCCGCUUUCAGCGGUACCGGGAGCUGUCCAAGCAGGUCAUGGACAUUUUCCGCAGCUUCACUCCGCUGGUUGAACCACUGUCCCUGGACGAGGCAUACCUCGAUAUCACAGAGCGAGUGCAAGCUGACAACCGGGCGCCGCUGCGGUGGGCCCUGCGCCUGAAAAGCCAGGUCAGCCUGGAGACGGGGUUGACUGUGUCGGUAGGCGCCGCCACCAGCAAGUCGGUGGCUAAAAUAGCUUCAGACAUCCGCAAGCCCGACGGCCUGGUGGUGGUAGAACCGGGGGACGAGCGGGCGUUUCUGGAACCGCUGGGCCGUGAUAGAUAUGGGGUACUGGCCAAAGACGCGGAGAAGCUCGGCGGGAGUGGGCGGGAUAGAAACGUUGGGCAGUUGGCCCAGCAAACCAAGGAGUGGCACACCCGACAGUUCGGCAAAUCGGCGUCCGCAUCCAGGCCAAGGCCCUGGGUCAGGACCGGGACGAAGUAA